AUGUCACAAAGCAUAGAACCCAGAUCGAAUGUUGAAUUCCGUUUCGAAUUGGCCACAUGUCCGCCAUCAUAUUUCAAAUGCAACGACGGCCCUUGUAUACCGAUGCGCUGGAAAUGUGAUUCUAAACGCGACUGUGUGGAUGGUUCCGAUGAGCUGCACGAUUGCGCGAAUGCAUCCAAGUGUAAUGAGGGUCAAUUUCAGUGCGAAAAGAGUCAGAAGUGUAUUCCCAAAAAUUGGUUUUGCGAUGGUGAAUUAGACUGUGGCAUUUCUGAUAAUUCGGAUGAAAAAAAUUGUCCCUCGGAUACUGUUAAAUGUUUAUCCUACCAAAACGAGUGCAAAAAUGGUGUCUGUCUGGAUAUUUCGCGUUUCUGUGAUGGUGUCUGGGACUGUGAUAAUGAUGAGUUAAAUUGUGAAACUCAAGAUGCCAAAUGUGCCAAUUUAAAUUGUUCCUUCAACUGCAAACUAACGCCGCAAGGUCCAACUUGUUAUUGUCCACCUGGGCAAGAACCUGUCAACGGUACACAAUGUGUCGAUUAUGAUGAGUGCUCCGUUGAGGGAAUGUGCGACCAGUUCUGCCAUAAUACGCCAGGUUCAUACGAAUGCUCUUGUGCCACAGGUUAUCUAAAACAAAAGAAUCGUUGCUUCGCCAUAAAUGUGCCCAAAACGGAGAAUGCUUCACUGGUAUUCGUAACUCAGUCGGAUGUGCGUCGUGUAAACACAACCGGCGAGUUGUUAGGACACUUUGAGUCACCCGAUGUAUCCGCCAUUGAAAUUUGGCAUCGUAAUCGCACUCUCUGCGCCAUGUACUCCAGUGCUUGGACGACUAUUUAUAUGAAAUGUCAUCGCAUCGAUGAUUUAAGCGUGAGCUGGACAAUGCCACUACCUGAAAUAAUUACUUGUACGCAUUCCAUCGAUAAAUUACGUUUGGACUGGAUAUCGGGAAAUUGGUAUUUCAUAAGUAAUGAGCCUGGUUUGAUGUUCAUGUGCACGAAUAACAUGCAAUAUUGCAGCGUUAUAUUGGAGGAGGUGAAUAGUCCCUCCUCCAUGGUAUUGGAUCCCACUAAAGGGUUCAUUUUCUUUACCGAGUGGAGUCCAAGCUUGUCACGUGCCAAUCUUGAUGGUAGCAACCGUACGGUGAUAGUAUCAACACAAAUUUUCUAUCCGAGCCGUGUGACAUUGGAUCUGCCCAAUGAACAUGUCUAUUGGAUUGAUAUUUAUAAGGAUUUUAUUGAGCGCACUGAUUACGGAGGACACAAGCGCUGGUCGCUAAAGAAAACUGCAGAUACACAUAUUCCUGUUAAGUCCCUACAUGCGAUUGAAGUUUUCGAGAAUACUGUGUACAUUGCCCCUUGGACUGAUAGUGUGAUAAUAACCAUGAACAAAUUUACCCUUAAGGCUGAACAAAUCGUUAAAAAUGUUAAACGCCCGUACGAUUUCAGAAUAUUCCACCGUCAGAAGCAACCAGAGGCCACAUGUCCGCCAUCAUAUUUCAAAUGCAACGACGGCCCUUGUAUACCGAUGCGCUGGAAAUGUGAUUCUAAACGCGACUGUGUGGAUGGUUCCGAUGAGCUGCACGAUUGCGGUAAGUUCGGUUAUAGAAGUAUACUACUAGAAAGUUCAUUAUGUGAUAAGCCACGUCUUACUGAGGCUGUUAUGUUCAUAUAUGAAAAAAGUCAAGGUUUGCCUGAUAUUGAUAUCUGA